GAAACAUCUGCAACGUCGUCGUCGUGUUGGCUCAGCUGUCAAUUUGUUGUGUUAUUAUUGUGUUCCUUUCGCGAAUCAUAUCCAGCUUGUUGUAUUUAGUUGGAAAUACCUUCAGUUUUUUGCAAAUAUCGAGCAAACAGCUAAGAACAGACAGAUUGUGAAGCAGUGUUUAAUUAAUUCGGUGAUACCAUUCAGCAGCCGAUCUAGUUUGUUGGUAAUUGCACGACGACCGCAGCUAGAAUUUAUAUAACGAAUUUCCGAUACAUAGUGCGGACACCAUCAAGGAUUCUUAAUGCAACAGGACCUUCCAGCCGGCGUCGAGCAGGAAAUAGCAAACUGAUGAUCACCUAAUAGAUGUUUAAGCCGGAAAACCAAAUCAGGACCGACGAAAAACAAUACUUUAGCACGUAAGCUCAAAGGAACGCUCAUCCAAGAGAAAUCAGCUGCUACUUCCUACAGGGAAAUCAUCAUCAUGCCAACGAAGUGUUUCGCAUUUGGGUGUAAAAGCAUUUUACGCAAAAAUCAUAUAAAAUUUUAUAGAUUGCCUACCGGAAAGCAUAGAUUGAAGAAGUGGUUGCAAAUACUAAAAAUUGGAGGAACUCUAAAUCACCGAACAGCAAAAAUAUGCUCGCUUCAUUUCUCCCGCAAUCAAUUCCUUAAUUCUGUUUCUUACAUACUUCGACCUCGUGCAGUUCCAGAUCAGAAUAUAUAUGAAUUUUCGCAAAAAUCGGAGGUAGCUCAGGUGCCGCUCGAAGUGAUGGAGUGCAUUUCCGACUCUGUGGUAAACAUUGACAUGGAUAAUCAUUCACCUACGAAGAAAGGUAACCGUUUCGAUCAACCAUUUAGAACGUAUCUACCCAGUUCACGCAAAAGGAUAGUACAAUCAUCUGAACAAGUUUUAGAAUAUGUUCCCUCUUGCUCCGAUAAUUUUGGAAGUGAUGUAGCUUCAUAUGUAGAACUGGAAACUGCAGAGGAAAAAGAAUUAAGUUUUGAGGGUGUAUCUAAUGCAGUCGAUGGUAGCGAUAGUUCAAGCUGCAACGAAAACAUAAAUCAAAGCCAAAUUAAAGCGGUGACCACAUCAGCUGGAAUUCUAUCGGUGGAAACAUUAUAUGAUGAACAAAUGAAGUAUCUAACUGGCCAUAGCAAAGUUGAAUUCAAUUUCAUUCUGCAGUACAUGACAGCAAAUCAGCCUGAUUCAAAAUGGCCAACGGAAAAAUUGAGGCUAUCGGAACAACUACUGCUAACAUUAAUAAAAUACAGGCUUAAUUUAGACUAUUUGCUGCUGAGUAUAAUGUUCAAAAUUGGUUGCAGAACAGUUUCCAAAAUAUUUUCUUAUUGGACUAACUUGAUGUACGAUAAACUAAGUAUUAUAGACUUUUGGAGCUUGCGUGCCAAAUCGGAAAGCUUGUACACAGUUAUUCUAGACUGUACUGAGAUCCCAAUCGAGAAACCCAUUUCUGCCGAAGAACAGCAAAUAACGAGGACCAUCGUAUAAGAACUGCAAUACGUUCAAAGGAUUGAUAGGAAUUGACGAAGCAGGAACCGUUAUUUUUGUGUCCAAACUAUUUGGAGGAGCAGCUACCGAUAACACUAUUGUUAAAAAUUCUGGAAUACUAGAGCUACUUUCUGCUGGAGAUUUUAUACUAGCUGACAGAGGAUUUGAAGCAACGGAUGCGCUGUCGGAAAAAGGGAUUAUUUUAAACAAACCUCCGAAGAAAAAAGGUUUACAAAUGAGUGAAACUGAGGUCGCAACUACACGGUUAGUAGCAUCUCGACGCAUUAACGUCGAAAGAAUAAUUGGUCAUGCUAAAAAUAGUCGCAUAUUAUCGCAAAAAGUUGACCAUAGCAUGUUUAAGCAUAUGGAUACAAUUUUUUAUGUUAUUUUUGCAUUAGUAAACAUCAAGGCCUCAAUAUGUAAACCUGUGAAAGUCGAUUGUUGAUGUAAGUAGUGUUUUUCAUGAAAUAGAACAAAAAAUAAAUAAAGCAAAUAACAAUUA